AUGCUAAGAAGAAAAAAGAGGCGCUUGGAAAAAGCCCUUGCUACUUCCGCUGCCAUCCGCUCUGAACUAGAGAAAAAGAAACAGAAAAAGAAGGAAGAACAGCAGAGGCUCGAUGAGGAAGGUGCUGCGAUUGCUAAAGAUGUCACUUUGCAUGUCCUCCUUGGUGAAGACUCUGAUGAUUCAUGUAAGGUUAUGCUACGGAAGGAAGAGGGUUUCAACUGUUGGGAUUACGCUGGCAACUUCGAUCUAUUAUGGGUGGAGGGGUAUCUUGCCAACCGCAUCAGGUUCAUUCAAACUAUGAAGGGUGGGUCAACAAUGCGUAUAAAGCUCGACACGAAUGGGCUGAGUUUGGAAACAGUGACUGGUCAUUCUCAUAAGGAGACUAUGGAAGGGAUCUUGCUGCACCAUAUUUUCAGGAGGGAGGCCAAGGAAGUGUAG